AUGGAACAAUUUAAACAAUUAGUUUAUCAGAGAGGCCGAGUGCAAGCGCGAGUAUCGGUGAUUAUCAACAAGCUAAGUGAUGCGAUAGAGCAAAACGAUAAUACCAACUUAUCGCAGUUAAAAGCGUAUGAGAAGAAGCUAGAGUUGCAUUAUGCGGAGUAUAUGGCGAAACAUGAUUUGAUCAUGGCUCAGUGUCCCAGUUUUGGGAAAACAGAAGACCAGGACGAAAAGUUGGAUGAGUUUGACAGCAUUCAUACUGAUGCUUUGGAAAAGCUCAAUCAUCUGUUGGAUUUCUUUCGUGCCGAUCCAACACAUAACAACCGUGGAUCCCCUCAAGUUAUUGUGACCCAACAACCUCUGAAGACGCCGAUUCCGACAUUCGACGGAAAGUAUGAAGCGUGGCCAAAGUUCAAGGCGCUGUUUAAUGAUUUGGUAGGUAAGUGUGGUGAUUCCGAUGCAACAAAACUGCAAUACCUUGACAAAGCGUUAAUUGGUGAAGCUUCCGGCAUCCUGGAUGCCAGAAUCAUUAACGACAACAACUAUCAACAAGCGUGGCAGUUGUUGGAGGAGCGGUUUGAGAACCCGCGAGUGAUCAUCGACACCCACAUUUCCGGUUUAUUGUCGAUGAAACCAAUAUCUAAGCAGUGCUGGAAAGAACUGAGAAACUUGAUCGACAAUUGCAAUCGUCAUGUAGAGGGGUUGCGAUUUAUGGAGCAAAGCGUCGAUGGGACAGCUGGUCUUAUCGUUGUGAAACUGCUGACAUCUUGCCUCGAUGGAGAAACGAGAAAGCAGUGGGAAAAAACUUUGGAACAUGGGGAACUUCCGAACUUUGAUGAAUCCCUAAAGUUUCUCAGGAAUUAUUGUCAGGUCCUCGAAAGGUGUGAGAUAGAUAAGACGUCCUCUUCAAACGUAGCCAAAAAACUUCCUAAGUCGGGGAAGCCCAGCUGGUCACCGAGAACAUCUCAUCCAGCGACAUCCGUUCCAUCAGAUAGCGUGUGUGACGUGUGCACAGGGUCGCACCUUAAUUACAAGUGUCCUUCUUUCCUGAAAAUGAAUGUUGGUCAGCGUGUCAGCAAGGUGAAGCAAAUUGGGAUGUGUUUCAACUGUCUUCGUAAAGGCCAUCAAAUUCGAGACUGUCCUUCAGAUAAGUCAUGCUCGAAGUGUGGUAAAAAGCACCACACAAUGUUGCACUUUGAGCGCGAAUUUUGUACCGAACCUAAGUCGCAAAGUUCAAAUACUUCGGAAAAGACAGCAUCAGUGUCAGCUAUUCCCGAAAGUCCAGUGUCUACAGCAUGUUCCAGCAUUCAACUACCAACAAAACAAGUUCUUUUGAUGACUGCGUUGGUGAGUGUAGCAUCAAAAAGUGGGAAAAUAUUUAAGCUACGUGCCCUUCUCGAUUCCGGGUCUCAAGUUAACCUGGUAUCUGAGUCUGCUAUUCACUUACUGGCUCUUCCAAAGUAUCCUGCGAACGUUCCAGUUAUUGGUGUAGGUGGUGCCAAGUCUAGAAUCCUACAUCAUGUGAUUAUGCGCCUAUUUUCCGACUAUACUGGGUUCCAAAGUGACGUGGACUGUUUAGUGACAAGAAAAGUGACAGGAAAAGUUCCUUCUGCUCCAGUUGACAUUUCUGAAUGGAAUAUUCCGCCAGGUAUUGUGUUAGCCGAUCCAAUGUUUAAUGAGCCAAGAGAUGUGGAUCUGUUGAUCGGGGCCGAACUAUUUUUCCAAAUUUUGAGACAAAAUCAACUGAAAUUGGCCGAAGGUCUUCCAAGCUUGUACGAGACACAAUUUGGAUGGGUUUUUGCUGGUGCUCUCAAGUACGAGACCGAAGCUGUUAACGUGUUGUGUGCCACCAAUGAGGAUCCGUUGUUGAAAGAGAUUCAAAGGUUUUUCGUGCAAGAAGAGCUUUUUGAGGAGAAAAUGCCAACUAGUGAAGAACAACAGAUAGAAGACCAUUUUUGCAGAACGUAUCGUCGUGAUGAAGAUGGUCGAUUUGUGGUCCAAUUACCUUUCCGCGAAUCCAUUAACCAACUAGGUAAUUCCAGAUCUUUAGCGAUGAAGAGAUUCCUGUCAAGUGAAAAGCGCCUAUCCAAUGAUACAAUUAUGAAAGAGAUGUACCAAACUUUCAUCAAGGAAUACCAGGACCUUGGCCAUUGCCACGAGAUUCACGAGGAGAACGAUCCACCAGGACAGCAGAAUUAUUAUUUUCCACAUCAUGCUGUACUCAAACCUUCAAGUACCAGCACAAAGCUACGUGUGGUAUUUGAUGGUAAGGCGAAGUCAAAUGGAUUAUCCUUGAAUGAAGUGCUAAUGAUCGGUCCCAAAAUCCAAAACGAUUUAUUUGCCAUACUACUGCGUUUCCGGAAACACAUUUAUGCAUUUUCAGCAGAUGUUGAGAAAAUGUAUAGGCAGGUGAAGAUCGAUCCAAAACAAACGAGAUACCAAAGAAUUUUCUGGCGUGACCAGCCCGCAGAAAAAAUAAAAGUGUUAGAGUUGUCAACGGUAACCUAUGGGACAUCUCCUUCGUCGUUCUUAGCAGUGAGAUCAAUGGUUCAGCUGGCACGAGAUGAGAGUAGAAACUUUCCUGCAGCUGCCGAAGUGAUAUUGGAAGACUGUUAUAUGGACGAUAUUCUGAGUGGUGCUUCAACGCUAUCAUCUGCGAAGCAAUUGCGAUGUGAAAUUGAGCAACUUAUGAUGAACGGAAAGUUUCCUAUUCGGAAGUGGUGUUCUAACAACAACGAGGUGCUCGAUGGUGUUCCUGAUCAAGAUCGUGAGAAAUUAGUGCACAUAAAAGAUUCUGGAGCGAGUGAAACGAUUCGAACUUUAGGUGUUCUUUGGAAUCCGAAAACUGACCAGUUCCUGUUUUGUAGAAGUCCGGAAACGAUGCAAUCCGAUGCGAAAGUGACAAAAAGACAUGUUCUAUCCCAAAUUGCCAAACUGUUUGACCCGCUCGGGCUCAUAUCACCAGUAAUAGUGUCAGCCAAGUCCAUUAUGCAGCAAUUGUGGGCUGCUGGGUUAGGAUGGGAUGAGGCCCUCGAAGGUGAGAUGUUGAAAAGAUGGAUCGUGUUCCAUCAGUCACUACCGCAGUUGAACGAGAUACAAAUUCCGAGAUGUGUCGUAAUCUCUGAUGCUCAUCGCAUUGAAAUUCAUGGCUUUUCCGAUGCGUCGUGCACUGCUUAUGGCGCUUGUGUGUUUUUACGUUGUGUUCAAACGGAGGGAACAGUGUUAGUUAGACUAGUGUGUAGCAAGUCCAGAGUUAGUCCUUUGCGUCGUCUUACUAUGCCUAGACUUGAGCUGUGUGGCGCAUUGUUAUUGGCAAGAUUGAUCAACCUAGUGAUACCUAUUUUGAAAAUAAAAGUGCAUGAUGUCAAGUUGUGGUCGGAUAGUCAGAUAGUGCUUGCGUGGAUAAAAAAGGAUCCCAAUCAACUUCAAACCUACGUGAGAAAUCGAGUUAUAGAGAUAUAUGGACUUACUAACGAUUAUGAGUGGAAGUAUGUAAGAUCUGAAAAUAAUCCAGCAGAUCUGGUUUCCAGAGGCUGUCAUCCAGAAAGUUUACGACGUUCUGACAUGUGGUGGAAUGGUCCGCCGUUUUUGCAAGCUACCAACUACGAAAUUCUGGAGACACCAAUAUUACAAGAUGACGAAUUACCAGAAAUGAGAAGACCGACUGUUAGUAAUCCAGUGGCAAAUUUUGAAGAUGAACCAAUAUUUGAGCGGUGCGGCACGUUUUCAAAAUUGCAACGUGUUUUGGCACAGGUGGUGAGAUUCACUCGACUACUAUGUAUGGCGAAGGAAGAGCGAAACAAAUCCCAAUACAUUUCUGUACAAGAUAUGCGGGAUGCGAUGGGAUAUAUAGUACGAGUACUUCAGAAUACUGCGCUAAAUGAAGAGAUCCAGUGUAUUCAGAGAAAUAAGUUACCCAAGCGACUUGCAAAUAUUCAACCUUUUGUGGACGAGAAAGGAUUUCUACGCGUCGGCGGACGUCUACAAAAUUCUAAAUUACCGUACGAUGCCAAACAUCAAUUGCUUCUUCCACAUAAUCAUCGGGUGACGGAGAUGCUGAUUCGACAAUAUCAUGAGGAGAGACUUCACGAGGGACCAUCCGGUUUGCUGGCAGCGAUAAGACAAAAAUUCUGGUUUGUAAAAGCUCGUUCUGUUAUUCGAAAAGUGACACGCAGCUGCGUGAAGUGUUUUAGAGCCAAUCCGAGAGCAGUGCAGCCAUUAAUGGGAAAUUUACCAGAGGAACGAGUGACGUUAGCUGCAGCUUUCGAGCUCACCGGUGUGGACUAUGCUGGUCCUGUUAUAGUGAAAGAGGGAAGAUACAAGCCGAAACAUAUUAAGGCGUACAUCGCAUUGUUUGUGUGCCUCACGACGAAAGCUAUUCAUCUCGAGUUGGUUUCGGAUCUAACGACCGAAGCUUUUCUUGCCGCUUUGGAUCGAUUUAUCAACCGACGUGGAAUGGUUCGUAAAAUUCUGUCGGACAAUGCAACCAAUUUUGUUGGCGCUGCUAAGGAGUUACACCAAUUAUUCGUGAUGUUCCGUGAAGAAACUUCAAAGACUAGAAUUGACGAUUUUCUACUUAAACGUGAGAUAGAAUGGAAAUUCAUUCCGCCUAGAACCCCUAACUUUGGCGGAUUGUGGGAGGCAAGUGUCAAAGUGGUCAAACGUCAUCUACAUCGUACGUUAGGCAGCGCAAUUUUGACGUUCGAAGAGUUCGGUACCGUUUUAACGCAUAUCGAAGCUAUAGUGAAUUCCAGACCACUUUAUGCGUUAUCUGAUGAUCCCAACGAAACACUUCCGAUAACUCCAGCUCAUCUGAUGUUCGGUAAACCGUUGGAGCCAGUUUUGAAACCAUCGUAUUCUGAUAUAGCAGUGAACCGUUUAUCCCGACAUCAGUAUUUAAAUCAUUUACGUGAUAGAUUUUGGACAAAGUGGUCCCGUGAUUAUUUGUCGACGCUACAGUCAAGAGCUAAAUGGACCGAAGUGUUCGAGCAUUUGGUUCACGAUGCUCUGUAUGCCACUUCCCGACCAUUGAUAUCGGAGCUCCAGCAUGGUUUCGUGAAGAAGCGAUCCGCUACUACCAACCUGAUGUCCUACGAGAGUUUCCUGUGUUCGAAAAUUGAGAAACGACACCAGAUUGAUGCGAAAUACUUCGACUUUUCUAAGGCGUUCGACAAGCAUUCCAAGCAGCAACAGCAUCCAGGCAGCAACAGCGACGACAACAACAAUAUUUUGGCUUUCAGGAGGGAGGCAGGGAAUAGAUAUGGAUGGAAUGGAAGGAGUAAACAAGAGCUGAUAAGGAAAGGUUAA